UGUCAGUCAGUGUCGCAACUGUCAGUUGUUUCAUUUUUACUUUUAGUUAGGAAUCAUCCAUUCUUAUCAACUCAUUUUAAUUACUGUUUUAUUUGCAACAUACGUUUAAUAUAUUAAGUGAGUGUAAUUAAUACUUCGUGCCUUCUUUCAACCGUAUAAUCGUCGUUAAAAUUAAGAAAUAGUGACUCAACAGGUGCAAUAUGACAGGAAGACUAGCAGGACAGACUAUAAAUGAUAGGCUUUUAGCUGCAAAACACAGUUUGGCUGGACAAGGUUUAGCCAAAGCGGUAUGCAAAGCAACCACAGAGGAAAUGAUCGGACCCAAAAAGAAACAUUUAGAUUAUUUAGUCCACUGUACAAAUGAACCAAAUGUUUCAAUUCCACAGCUAGCAAAUUUGUUAAUAGAAAGAUCACAGAAUACAAACUGGGUAGUAGUUUACAAGGCAUUAGUUACAGUUCACCACAUGAUGUGUUAUGGAAAUGAGAGAUUUACUCAGUACCUAGCAUCCAGUAACAGUACAUUUCAACUUAGCAACUUCUUAGAUAAAGGGGGACUUCAAGGAUAUGACAUGUCUCCAUUUAUUAGAAAAUAUUCACGAUAUCUCAAUGAGAAGGCCUUAUCAUACAGAACUACAGCCUUCGACUUUUGCAAAGUUAAAAGAGGGAAGGAUGAUGGCAUGUUAAGGACAAUGAACGCAGAUAAAUUAUUAAAAACUCUUCCCACUUUACAAAAUCAACUGGAUAUCCUAUUGGAAUUUGAUUGUUCCGCAAAUGAUUUAACAAACGGAGUGAUAAAUAUGUGUUUCAUGUUGCUUUUUAAGGAUUUAAUACGCUUAUUUGCCUGUUAUAAUGAUGGCAUUAUUAAUUUGUUGGAAAAAUUCUUCGACAUGAAUAAAAAACAGUGCCGAGAAGCUUUAGAUAUUUAUAAGAGAUUUUUAGUUAGAAUGGAUAGGGUAGCAGAAUUUUUGAAAGUUGCAGAGAAUGUAGGAAUUGAUAAAGGCGACAUACCAGAUUUAACAAAAGCGCCAAGUAGUUUACUAGAUGCUUUGGAACAACAUUUAAAUUAUAUGGAAGGCAAAAAACCAACAGGCCCUAAUCAAUCAAGUAAUGCCAGUAACCAGAAAAACAUCAAAUCUGGAGUAACGGCUCUCUCCACAACCAGUAACGCUUUUGGAAAUGUAGUGUCAAGUGCCAAAUUCGAUGCCAAUGGAAUAGACGAACAGAUGAAACUACAAAUUCUGGCCGAAGAAGAAGCUGCGAUCAACCAAUUUAAAUCUAAGGUAUCUUCACCAACAACCACAAUCAACAAUCCUUUCUUGAACAACACUCCAUCGUCAGCAUCCAACAGUAGCUCUUCAUCUCAGUUCGUAAGUUCUCCGUCAUUCGAUCUAUUUGCGGAUGAGCAACAGACACCGCCUAACCUGAAAGCAUCGGACGAUUUGCUGCAACUAUCAAAUCCUUUUUCAGACGCCUUCAGCCCUUCCAAUGCAAAUGCUGCAAAUGCAUUUGCACCUCAAAUACCUCAGCAGAACAAUAUUUGGAUGUCAAAUGGAAAUGCUUUUAGUGUACUGAGUCCAGGAAAUACUUCGGGCAUGCCGAAUGCUUCGUUGUUUGUGACUGAAAAUAAUUUUGCUUCUGUUUUUGGAGCCUCGGAAUCAAAAGGGACCAACUUUGAUGCCUUAGGAGGGGUUCUUCAACCGUCAAAUAUUGACGGUAAACAAGUAAAUAAUACAGCAAAUAUAAUUGAAAACAACAACCAGCCAUCUUCUUCCAACGGUCUACUUACGGGUGAUUUGGAAUCGAGCCUAGCAUCUCUAGCAGAAAAUCUUUCUAUCAAUAGUAGAACAGCUCCAAAGGGUGUUCAGUGGAAUUCUCCAGGAACCAAGACAGGAUCUAAAACAAGUUGGACACCACAACCUAUUUCAGAUACAACAGGAGCGGGUUAUAAACCAAUGAACCAAUCCAUGUCCAACGCUACUUCGCCGUUUAGUAGUAUAACAGUCACAUCACCUCAGCCACAAAUGUACCUACAACAUCCACAGAUGAUGAGCAUGCGCCCCUUAACAACGAUACAACCCAUGCCACAACUCAACCCAACAGUGAACCAGAUGGGACCGCAGAGUCUUCUUUUCCAUUGAUUAGGUAAUCCUCGUCUGUAAUAAGAGAUUUCCAGAUGUAUAAAAUUAUUUUUGUUAAAUAUAACGAAUAAUAUUAAUAUAUAUAUUUCAUAAAGUAAAUGUCUACAUGCAGAUGUUGAAAAGGAACAGAGACACAUCAUCUAUGUACCUAAUAAUAAAUUAUUAUGCUAUUCUGGAUGGUUUCUAUAAGGUCCGUUAAUUCCAGAUAUAACUAAUUAGUAGAUAAAUGUAAAAUUAACGGUUCUUUACGAAAUUUGCCAAGUAUGUAGUAUAUAGUAUAAAAUAUAGUCCAUUGCAACCUCUAGGAAGGGAUUCUGAGUACUGAAUAUUUAUAGUCCAUCUCACGUUUUUCGUUCAGUAUGGGUUAAAAGGGAAAAUAGAACAAUAUUGUCAAUAGUUGAUUUAUGUAACUAUUUUUUGCGUUUUUUCAUUUUCUCAUAUUUUUAUAAGUCGAGCUAUCUUUUGCUGCAGUAUAAUAUGUCCUUCUACUUUUAAUAAUUCUGCUGACACUACGCUUUCUCCAUGAUUUGCUUACACAGUGUCCAGUAUACACCGAAUAUUCAUCGGUAUAUAUUAUAUAACGACCUAACAAUGCAUAUUAAAUAAAUCAUACAAAAAUAUGACCCUGGCUACCUUGUUCUCUGCAUCUGUUUAUGUUUAAUAGAUAUGUAUGACCCAAUCUUAUUAUGUCUUCUAGUGCAAACAAAAUGGUUUUUCGUCCAACUUUCUUAUACUCAAAGCCAAUAAGUAAACAGCCUACGUAAAAGCCUAUUGUUCCCAUAGUGGAGUGCUAUUGUUGGAGUUGUGAAAUUAGAUAAACAAGGGAUCAUUUCAUACAACAGGUAGAUCGCUUGUUCAUGGAAUUCCACAGCUUCAACAAUAUCACCCCGUUGAGCUGACUAUUAAUGAGUGUCUUAGAUAACUGGUACUACUUUACAGUUAGGUUAACUGAAUAAUUAAUACCAUAGCUACAGAACACAAACAUUGACACAACAUUCAGAUGCUUGACAGAAUAUAGACCUGGCAACAACGCAACAGUAAAUAAUGAUAGAAUCAUUGAAAAAUGCAAAGAAUAAUAAAAUAGGUGUAUAGUCCAUAAGAGCCCAUUCUGAACGAAAAACUUGAGAGGGAGUAUACUUAAAAGUAUCUAAAAAUAUUUCUCUAGCAAUGUAACAACUCAAGUUCUAGACAACUAAUAUAAAAUGGCUCGUCCUUGAGUUUUGUAAAAAAUAUUCUUAAUCUCUAAUACCUAGAACCCAUUGAUAAAAAUAAUUAUUUGAUAGAUAUGGGUGUAUUGUAUGAAAACUAGAAUUUUUUAAAUCUGUAUUAUAACUAAUCUACAGAACUACUUUGAUCAUCUGCUGGAAGAGUACGUUCUUUUAUAUUGUGCCAUUUUUUAACUGCCUACUACGUUUUCAUGCGAUACAAACGUAUAUACUGCAUAUUAUUAUAUAAAAAAUCCAAUCUUGUAAAUUAGUUUAACGUUGGCACUAAUCACACUCUUAUAUUGAAUUCAAAUUCUUUGAUGUAAUAAGAUGUUAAUAAAUUUGUUGUACUCUCAUGAAAUAAACCAUGGAAUAUUUUGUUUUGUUGGACAAAAUUAUAUCAUUUUUGUGUGUGAUCGUGUUUACACAAUCCAGUAACUUUUAAAACCUCUGGAGACUAUCGCAUAAAUAACAGUGUAUCCAAGAUUAUUGAUAGGUGAUUUUCACUCCAAAGUCUAUAUCUUGCAAAGCCUGCUUGAAAAUUAUAUCAGAGUAGAUAUUAAAUAACAGAGGGGAUCGAAUGCAUCCUUGUCUGACCCCUCUUUGUAUGUAACAUUCGUCGGUUAAUCUCCCAUCGACUCGUACGACCGCUUUCUUCUUCCAAUACAAGUUUUGUAUUAAUCUUAGGUCUCUACCAUCAAUGCCUUUGGUUGUUAAUGUGUUACAUGCUGUACUCUACUAAAAGCCUUUUCGCAAUCGAAGAAAAUUAACCAUGAAAACUGAUAACAGCCUAUGGUCUUCAAUAAAGACUUGUCUCAUCUUCCUUUGGAACUAGGUGUUUUGGUAAACUUUGGUAAACCAAAUUUUUCUAAAAAUGUUGCGCUGUUGUUUCCAACAUUUUUCAUAUAUUUUUCUAUGGGACUUGGAAUGAGAAUUUCAAGAUAAUCAUUUUCUCAAAAUUCUUUCACAUUUUCCCAAAACAUUGUUUUGAACCACGAUACAAAAUAUUUGGAAUAGUUAAUCACAAACAAAAAUUAUUCCACUGUUUUUCCAUGAGGUAAUAAUGUUGAAAUAUAAUGUUGAUUUAUAAAAAUUUCACUGUAGUGCAAAUGCUAAUUUGAUGUUGUAAUAGCACAUUAAUAGUCUAUUUAGACAAAAUUUCUUCACUAGAUUAAUAUAUUAGUAGAAUUAAGAAUAUAACGAUGUGCAAUAUAAAUUAUCUUGGUCUAAAAUAAAAGAAAUUGUUAUUCGUCCCAUUUUUUAAUAUUAAUUUUAUUUUCCAAACAAUGUCUAAAAUAAUCUAAGUGACGCUUAUGAAAUAUUUGCUAAUAUUUAGUGUACAUGGUUAUUAAUUAUAAAUGUACCUCCCUCUAUAUUUUUAAUGCACACUUUAUACAACACGGUUAAAUUGAUACUAGAUAUACAGGGCAGCUCAAAAAAUGUGAACGUCAAAAUCACUUGGUGCUAUUAUACAGGUUAUGGUUGUUUUAGAGUAAUUUUAACGUUUAAAUCGAUAAAACUCCGUUUCAGAAACUGUUAGAAAAACAUGUAGGUGCUACUAUAGUAUGCGGUCUACCCCGAAGAUGUGGUCUACCUGUGCAGGUCUAUUAUAGUGUGAAGUCUACCGAUCGCAAUCUGAAAGUUCCUCAAGGAUUUGAGGCAUAUGAUGAAAUGUAAGAAAACUCUUGUAGAAAAAAAUAUUUAUUCACAAGUAAUAAACAUUUAGCGAACAAACGGUUUGUUAUCUUUCAUUAUUGUGUGCAAACCCUUUUGAGAAAAGAUUGUGGUGCUGUUUAGCAGCACAGGUACACAUUGCCGACAAAAAAAAUCUUUACAAAUUGAAUAAAACGCAUAAAUUAAAAGAAUUAUUAUUUUAAUUUAUCAAAUUAAUACUUUAUCAUAUCAAUUUACCAUUUUGGUUGGGAAUAGACCACAAAGUGGGCUUAUUUCCAAUUAAAAUAGUGAAUUGAUAUCCAUAUUCGUUGGAAUGUUGUUAAUAGUGUUGGUAGUAAUGUUGUUGGUUACCGUAGACUGUAGACGAUGUUCUUUAAAUACCUCCAUAGAAAAAAAAUCUAAAGGGGCAAUGUCUGGAGAUCUUGGAGGAAAACAAAUAUAGCCCUUUUGUGGAAUUAUUGUGCCUGGAAACAUUUAUGCCAGGGCGUUUAUUGAAGUUUAUGCUGUGUGUGGUCGUAGUCAUGAACUGUUGACAGUUAGCACGCGUCUGUUUCUGGUGUAGUUCGUUUGGAUUGAAUUAUUGGUGCGAUAUGCGAUCCAUGGUAUGCGCAAUAUUCUACCCUAGACUCACAUUUCAAUUAGCAUUAUACGCUUCGAAUCAGCUUUUUAAUGAUACAAGUUUCUGAAGCGUAGGUGGCGAUAGGAAAUAAUAACGCUCGAACAAGGCGUAAUUUUGUGUUUUUUUUGUAACAUCAGUGUUUUUCCAUAUUUUUGAGAGUUUGGCUAUUGCCGAUCUGGCCAUUGUGAUGCGUUGACGGAUCUCAUCUUCGCAUCCACUGCUGUUAGUAAUAACGAAAUCCUAGUAAUUAUCUCUACGCAUUUCUCUCUACCAUCUUUUAAUUACCAGAGAACGGCAGUUCUCGCCAGUGGCGCCCACCCAAACCCCCCUACAUGCGACACUAUAUAUACACGAAAUUUUCGAUUUUCUAAAUCUGACUGAAUUGAAAAUUGUGCCAACUCCCAUCUUAAAGUUCAGGAAAAGACUCGCCCAUUCAUAUGUCAACCAUCCAUUUUGGUCCAAGGGUGUGGAUUUUACGGCCCUUCCUAUUUAGGGUCUGUUUUUCGUUCUCGUCCCCAAAACUCCCAAAAACUUCAAAAAUUUAACUCAGAUCUUUGCGGCUUCUAAUAGAAGCGAUCAUUACCUUUCCAACGCAUGUCUAGUUUUGAAAAUCGGGUAUACUGUUCAAAAGUUACCGAGCUCAGAAAUAUGAGUCAAUUUUUAUUUAAAAAAGGGAAAAUGUUUGUGGAUAUGUAUGUAUGUAUGUAUGUGUGUGGAAAAGUUAAACCGAUCUGAAUUUUUUUUUCUGUGUUUGAAGAGGGGGUGAGAGCCGAUUCAGAACCGGUGUAGUUUGUGAGUUUUGACUAUCCAUAAGCCAGCUAUAGGACUUGGUAGGUACAAAACGGCAUAUUUUUUGGCAGUAUAUAUCUUCGGUUCAAGAGGAGACAGGAGAACAGUAAAUACACCAAAUUAAUAGCGUUGAGUUAAGCUUUCAAACGGUGUCUAAGCUGUCAGGAUCAGACAUACACACGGCUCAGUAUAGCCGAAAAACUGAAAAACUAAACUUUCAAAAUUUUGGUUUUUCGACAAUUACUCAAAAUUUCAACCUACGAAUUGCGCCAAUAACUGAGCGUUUGUAGAAGGACUCUAGACGAAUCUAACGAUGUAUACCUUAUAUCUGAGAAAAUUCGAAUUUUUAAGUUAUAGGCUUCAUAAGUAUGAUCAAAUCUAUUUCUUAUGGGAAAAACGGGUUUUCAAGCUCAAUAAUUCCUGUAAUAGCUUCAGUUAUCAUACUUGAUCUUAGAUGCAUAAGAUACUACUUGUCAAUGCGUUUCAAACUCAUGUUUAGUGAACAAAAUCGGUUAAGCCGUUUAGAAGUUAUUAAGCUACAAAAGUAUAAUCCAAUUAACGAUUAUUCCCUAAAUGGUUUAUGUAGUUAUAGUGGUUACGACGCUAAUUUGAUCUGGUAACGGGCAAUCGGAGUUCAUUUACCGGCCAUCCCAAUAUUUUUUUCAAUCUAUAUCGAAUAGAAAAAAAAAUCUAGUGUACAUUCGAUAGACACUAGAUCAUUUGGGAGAUAAUGCGACAAAGGCGACCAUUUAUAAAGCUUAACGUGUAAUCGAGAAACAUUGCAUUCAACUUUAUACAUUUAAUUUAUAAAUAACUUUGAAAAAGUCCUGAUACAAGAAUAAAAAACCGCUAAACGCCGUAAAAAUGAGUGGCGCAUACAAUAUUCCAGCUACAAAAGAUCUGAUAUGAAUAUUACGUGGCGCGAAAAUGUAUUUUCAUUUUGAUGCAAAACAAAAUUCUAGUUUUAUUUUAAAAGAUUUUUUCAUAAUAUUUGCUAAAUUUGAAGUAAACGCGCCACAAAAGAGUUUCAAAAUUCAAACUGUAUCAAAGUUAUUUUUUUGUGGCGCGUUUUACUUAAAAUUUAGCAAAUAUUAUGAAAAAAUCUUUUAAAAUAAAACUAGAAUUUUGUUUUGCAUCAAAAUGAAAAUACAUUUUCGCGCCACGUAAUAUUCAUAUCAGAUCUUUUGUAGCUGGAAUAUUGUAUGCGCCACUCAUUUUUACGGCGUUUAGCGGUUUUUUUAUUCUUGUAUAGAUAUAUCACACCGAUUAUAAUAGAAGAAAGUAUCUUUAUAACAUAAUAUUUUUUUUCUCUUAACGUGUGUAUAGAAAAAUAUAGACUGUGUCCGUUUAUAAUAAAUAAUCCUGUGUGUCAUUUAUAAUGACCAUUCAAUCUAUUUUGGUAAAAUAAAAAUCUAAAGAGGUCUCAUUUGCUUUGCUUUAGUCUGCUUAAAUGCAUUAGACAAUCGUAUAAAAAAUGUACCAAUGCACUAGAUUUUUUAAACAUUGAAUGGACAUUUCGUUUUAAUUCGUUUAAGAAAUUGAAAUAUUUUUGUACAAUAUUUUACAAAAGAAAGUAUUUUCAAUAUUUCUAUUAAUGUCAAACAUUAACUGAUUAAGAACCAAUUUUUCAUAUAUCUAUUUAGAAGAUUGACCAAAUUUUUCUGUACAAUUGGUUGUUAUUUUUGUAUUAUAGUUAAAUUUCAUUCAAUGUAGACAGAUAAGAAAUAGGAGACUAGUAAUAAAUCCAGGGUUGGGCAUAAAUCAGCUGGAAAAUUUGCAAAAAUGAAUAGGAGUGAUGCCUGGCGACCUUGGAGGCCACGAUUCGUUUCCACCUCUAGUGAUCCAUCCAGGAAAAUCCAUAAAUAACAUUAAAAAAGUUAAUAACCAAUUUUACAUAUUUUUCGAAUAAUACAAAUUUCACAACCACGCAUUGUCAAAAAAUUCUACAGGGUUGUAACAUCAACAGACAAUCAUUUGUUAUAAAAUUAUUAUAAUUAAUACUUUGUAGUUUUUUGGCAAUGUGGUACUUAUUUUUCAUAAAAAUAUUUGUUAUAAAACAUGUUAUGUGAAACAUUUGUUAUAUUUAAUCGUGCAUAUCUGGUAAGUGUCUUGAGAUUAUAAAUAUUUAUUCGCAUGUUGAUGGUUCCGUUUCUCCAUCAUGCUUUAAUGAAGAAGUAUUAUCAUACUUCGAUUCUGUUUUAUUUCAAAAUCGAUUGUUUAGUGUCAAAAAAUGAAAUCAAUGUUUGUCGCCAAUGGGAUUCAAUAAUUUAAUUUCCGUUUACUAUACAUUGCAAUAACUAAUGAAAUAAAAAAGCGGUUUUGAUUGAUAAAAAACAAUAUUAAGUUCUGAACAAAAAAUGUAAAAUAAAUUAAAAACCCUACGUUAAGAUAGGCAAAAUGCCCUCAGUCCCAGAAUUAAAUUUUUGCGUUUUUUUACGUUCUAUGUGAUAAAAAAUAAGACUCGGCGCAAUUUUAACCCGCCACCCUUCCUACAAAAACGUCAUUUUUUCGUUUUCAUUUUUUUGGUAGGAAUUAAUCAAUUUAAAAAUUUUAAAAAAUUUACAAGCAUAGUUGAGGCUUUUACAAAAUAUGUCUAUUUUUUAUAGGUCUGUAGGUUGAGUGUACAUAAGCUCAAAUGCAUUUUUUUUUUCGAAAAAAAGCGUAUUACUUUUUUUUGGAGAUGACUGCAGAUCUAAUUUUGUUUUUUUUUGUCUAUUAUAUCAAAUACUACACUGCGCGUCAUAGAAAACGGCCACCCUAAAAAUGGGUCAUUUUUGAUGUUGCGUAUCUCCUUAACCUGUUUAACCCGAUCCUUAACCGAUUUAAGUGAUUUUUUGAAUAUGUUAUAGCCUUAUUCUUUGUCAAUAUCCCUGUAAUAAUAUUUUUGCGAAGCAGGUAAAUUUUCAUUGUAUACCGGGUGUACGAAUCAAACUGUGUUUUUUUCUCAAAGUUCGCAACACCCUGUGGAAUGUUCUAGCCUUUAUAAAAUACUGAAAUUAAAUCCCGACUAUGGCCUCAGGUUUUCUGAACAUUCUGUUUUUGAUUCAUUCUCUUAUGUUGGAUAAUACAGCAGUUAUGUACUUUAACAACUAGUCAUGUUCUUUAUCAGUAUAGGUUGUUUGUAAAAAAGUGCGACAAACUUUAAGGGGCAAUUCUGCAUAAAAAAAUAAUGACCGUUUGCUUUAUAAACUUAUGUCCGCAAAUGCUUCGUUUACGAGAUACGGGAUGUUAAAUUUUUUUUACAAACUGACGAUUUAUUUCAUUGCCCUAAAACCGGUUGAUAUAUGCAAAUGAAAUUUGGUAGGUUCUAAGAGUAUUGCGAAUUUUUUGACUUGCAAUCAAGAAUUUUAUAUUCACUAUUGGCGUGCAUACGGGUAAUAUGACCGAUCAUUUUACCCGUAUGCACGCCAAUGGUGAAUAUAAAAUUCUUAAUUGUAUAUCAAAAAAUGUGCAAUAACUACGUCUUAAAACCCACCAAAUUCCAUUUGCAUAUCUCUACCGGUUUUAAAGCAAUAAAUUAAUCCUCAGUUUGUAAGAAAAAAUUCAACAUCCCGUAUCUAGCAAACGAAGCAUUUGCGGACAUACGAUUAUAAAGCAAACUGUCAUUAUUUUUUAAUGCAGAAUUACCCCUUAAGGUUUGUCGCACUUGUUUAGAAACACCCUGUACUGAAAAAAAAACGUGUCUAAUUGUUAAGUACCUAACUUUUGUAUUAUCCAACAUAAGCGAAUGAAUCAAAAAACAAAAUGCUGAGAAAUCCUGAGGCUAUAGUUGAGUUUUAAUUUCAGUAUUUUAUAAAUUCUAGGAUAUUCCACAGGAUGUUGCGAACUUUGAGCAAAAAACACAGUUUGAUUCGUAAUAAGGCUAUAAGAUAUUCAAAAAAUCACUUAAAUCGGACAACAAAUUUAGGAGAUACGCAACCUCAAAAAUUACCCAUUUUUUAGGGUGCCCGUUUUCUAUGAGGCACAGUUUAUAUUUCUGAUUUUUUUCAGAUUUUUCCGCAAGGUGCGUCACCUUAAAAAACCCGAAAAACUGAGUUUUUAGUAGCUUUUGGAUAUUUCCAUUUUGAAUGUUUGAGUUUUCAGGUUUUUGAAUGUGGUGCACCUUACGUAAAAAUCAGAAAUAUAUAUAGUUUAACACUUAAGAAAAAAUCCGUUUUGAGAUUAUGUAGACUCUAUCUAUAGGAUCUGAAGGAAUUAGAUAACACUUCCACUCGUGUCUUCAAUUAUUAUUCAUUAAAUUAAUUCAUUAAACUUCUCAUUAGCACAACCACAAAUCUUUGUUUUUUGCUAUAUUUGAAACUAUUUGAAAAAUUUUGCUAUAUUUGAAAAGUAUUUUUUUUUAAUAAGUUAAUGAAGAUUUGGCUAAUUUGGCAUCUCUUACCCGCUUUUCCCAAGACUAUGAUAAAUAUGAGACACCUUUUAACGCAUCUCCCUCUUGUAAUCCUAUUAAGGAUUACAGUUUUGCGAAAAAUUGUAGUUUUUAUCGAUUUUUUAGGAUUAAACAAUCGAGAUUUGAGAACGGUUGUUGCAGUAUUUAUUACCUUUUAAAUAUUAAGCGAUCUUAGACAGAUCUGCUAUUUGUUUGUUAAUGCAAAGUGAGUGUUGCCGUCCAUACAGAGAGAUUUUGUUAUUUUAAAAGUUUUAAACGUACUAUAUGUUAAAAUAGAGUCAUGAUGCAGAAACAUAUUUUUAGAUAUACAGUAAGCGCUACGCUAGUAGACACGGGUACCUAGUUGCUAGACUUGAGCUAAUCCGACCCGUUGUCACCUGUGACUUUCAUGUCUGUCAUGUCAUGUGACUGACAUGAAACUAUUCAAAAUAAUUGUUUGCUUUAAAAAAACUUAUUCAACUUUAUUUUACAACUUUAACACAAUGACAACUAUAAACUUCAAAUACAACUGUCCAUAAAGUAAAGCAUAAAUUCGUUAUUUCGUAAACCGGCGACUUUAAGGAAAAAUCCCGAAACAGGUCGAUUUUUAUUUUUAAAUUACGAUUUUUUGGCGUAUAUAUCACAUUAGUGACGUCAUCCAUCUGGACGUGAUGACGUAAUCGAUGAUCUUUUAAAUGAGAAUAGGGGUCAUGUGAUAGCUCAUUUGAAAGGGUAUUCAAUUCUCUAUUAACUAAUAUAAACAUUAACAUAAUUAUUUAUACAGGGUAUUCAAAAAAACAUUUUUUUUUAUUAAAAUAAUUGAGACAAAAAGAAGAAUGUAUGUAAUUAAUUUAUUUUAAAAUACAUGUUACUAAUGUCAAAAAACAGAAAAAAAAUUUAUUUGACAAAUAAAAAUUUAUUUUCGCUUAAACGAAACUGUCAAGAGGUAGGUGGGUGGUAGCUUUAACAUUAAAUUUAAGCAAACAACAAUAUUUAUUUGUUAAAUAAACAUUUUUUCCUGUUUUCUGACAACAGUAAAAACUUUAAAUUACAUACUUGAAUUAAAUAAAUUACAUACAUUCUUCUUUUUGUCUCAAUUAUUUUAAUUAAAAAAAUGUUUUUUUGAACACCUUGUAUAAAUAAUUAUGUUUAUGUUUAUAUUAGUGAAUAGAGAAUUGAAUACCCUUUCAAAUAAGCUAUCACAAGACCCCUAUUCUCAUUCAAAAUAAUCAUCGAUUACGUCAUCACUCCCAGAUGGAUGACGUCACUAGUAUGAUAUAUAUGCCAAAAAAUCGGAAUUUAAAAAUAAAAAUCGACCUGUUUCGGGAUUUUUUCUUAAAGUCGCCGGUUUACGAAAUAAUGAAUUUAUGCGUUACUUUAUGGACGCACUGUAUAAACUGUCAACUUUCUAUGUUUAUAUUGGUUUCUGUACAGUUUCUGACGUUCUAGACGUCAUUAGACAUAAAAGUAAACAGUGCACCACGUGAAGGGUCCAGGACUGUAUUAUCUCAAUGUAUCCGUCUGUCUAGUAGCGUGGCGGUUAUUGUACAUAUUACACGUAGGUGAAUAUAUUAAAAGGUCUAUUAAAAGCCAAUAAAUCUUACAACAACCUAACUAGACUUGACGAAAUUUUCGAAAUGCCGUACUUUUGGCAUUAGUUGUUGAUUUGUUCAAAGUUGUGUCUUAGAAAAAUCGUGUUGUUCGCAGGUGGUACAAUUAUUAGUUUUUGUAUUGUAAAUAUAAUUUUAGUGCACUUUAUGAGGCGUUCAAGCCAACGAUUUUUUAUGCGUAUUAAUACAAUGGGGUUUACUUUAACUUUAAACAAAUCAACAAUGUUUGGGUAGUUAUUAUUAUAUAGCUCUAUAAAAUUGUAAGUAUAACAAAACCAGUAUAAUCUCUGUUACGUCUAAUUUCCUUUUUAGUAGUGUCUGACAUAUAUCUAUAUAAGAAAAUUUGCUGUCAAAAAAACAUGUUGGUAAUUUGCAGUUAGUUUUCUAAUCUUCUAUUUCUAUCUUCUACUUUUAAUUCUUCUUUAGGCCUCUCCUUGUGUUUUCCAUAUUCGCCUGUGUUGAGCUAUCUGGUGUCAGUUUCUUCCUGUCUUUUCUUUACAUCAUUUAAGCCCGCCACAGCCUCUAAUAGUCUAGGCGUCAAAUAGAGGUCACCGUGUCCUUUUCAUUUCUGAUGGACAAACUCAACGGUUUCUUAUGGAUUUUUGGCUGCUUAUUACGAAUUUCGAGGGUGGAUUUCGAUCCGAGUGGUCAAAAAAUUGUUAUAAACAAUUUAAUUUAUAAGGCUCUGGCUCAUAAACUAAAAGAGAUAAAAAAAAUGUUUCAAAUAAAAUUUGUUCCUUAAUAAAAAACGAAGACAAGAACGUUUAUUAAACUUAAAUCCAACAAUUAGAACUCAAGAUAUUGUAAAAUUAAUGCACAAUGCAAAUUGCAAAAUAAGUAUUUUUCGAAGCUUUAACGAUCGCAACUCGGUUUCUACGCAUACAAUUAAGCCUAGGAAGGUCUCAUUUUAAAGCCUAAUUAAUAGGCUUCCAAACAAAUUGGUUAAAUUACUUUAUCUUCAUUGGGCUUAAAGUUAUACCCGAUUCAAGUUGUUAUAAUUUUCUUAAAAAAAUUGUACAUUAAUUUGUUUAUAAGGGUUUCAAGCAAAUUUGAGCUAUAAACAUUUAUACUUUAAUUAACAAUAAUGAUAGAAGAACUCGAAAGGAACAAUUUGCGCCUAUGGAAAAGAUAUCGAUGUUUUAAUGGCGCGCCAUAAGGCGCAAGAUCGGCUCACAGUCAAGUAAGUAUUUUUCGACGCUUUAUCGAUCGUAACUCGGCUUCUACGCAUGCAAAUGAGCUUUUCAAGGUCUCAUUUUAAAGCCUAAUUAAUAGGCUUCCAAACAAAGUUUGCCAAAUUACUUUAUCUUCAUUUGUUUUAAAAUUAUACUCGUUUGAAGUUAUAAUUUUCUUAAAGAAUUUUGUACUUUGCGCCUCAUAGCGCGCUAUUAAAAUAUCGAUAUCUUUGCCAAAAAUAAACUUACGAACAUUUUCGUAAGUUCAAAAUGUUUCUUUUGAGUUCUUAUAUCAUUAUUGUUAAUUAAAUUAUAAAUGUUUAUAGCUCAAAUCUGCUUGAAACCCUUAUAAACAAAUUAAUGUACAAUUUUUUUAAGAAAAUUAUAACUUUAAACGGGUAUUUUUAAAUUUUAAAUUUAAACCAAAUGAAGAUGAAGUAAUUUAACAAACUUUGUUUGGAAUCCUAUUCAUUAAGCUUUAAAAUGAGAUCUUCUCCGGCUCAUUUUCAUGCGCAGAAACCACGUUACGAUCGAUACAGUUUCGAAAAAUACUUAUUUUGCAAUUUGUAUUGUGCACUAAUUUUACAAUAUCUUGAGUUCUAAUUGUUGGAUUUAAGUUUAGUAAACGUUUUUUUUAGGCCUGGAGUUGAAUGUGUUGAUGUCGUCGAUCCAUCUUUUUUGCGCUCUAUGCCUCGUUUAUGUUCUUUUGGUCGACAUUGUAUUAUUAUCUUUGCCCACUUAUCUUGCCUGCUUUCUUUUGCCGCAUGUCCUGCCCAUUUUCAUUUAGAUUUUGCGAUAGCUUCGAUAACAUAUUUUACUUUGGUUCUUGUUCUUAGAUCUUCGUUUCUAAUAUGAUCUCUUAUGCUUACAUUUAUCACAAGUCUCUCAAUAACUCUGAGUUGUUCUAAGUCUAAGGAGAGUCUGGUUAGUAAGUGUCAAGGUCUCCAUUCCAUAAGUCAAGACAGGAAGGAUACAUGUGUCAAAAACCUUUCGUUUUAAAUUAACUGGGAUUUUUGGGUCUUUCAUAAUAAAGCUUUAUUAUAAAAGCUUUGUUAUAAAAGUUUUCUAUUAGCUAUAACGACUUUGCUAAUAUCUACCCUUCGCAACUGUUAACAUUGUCUAGAACUUAUUACGUUUAAAAUUUCGUCUGGUCUAAAUGUAAGUCUGUUAAAAUAUAUGUAUCAUUAGCUUUGUAUCAUUAAUUUGAAGUAUUUCUUUGAUUCUUUAAAUAUUAUUGACUGAAAGAUAAGUCAUUAAAAUAUUUUUCGGAAAA